AUGAGUCCAAUCGCCGUUACCCGUAAGGAAGUAGAACAACACAUCAAAGCGACACCAGUUAAUGAUGUCCUUUUAACCACCUACCCAGAAGAUUCCUCUCCUAUCCCAUUGAACUGGGGUGCUGCUGAUUGUCAAGAAAGGGGUCCUGUGGUUCCAUCAAGAAAUAAAAGUGGUAUCUCUAAACACAAUUGCAUCGGUGCUCAUGCUGGUCCAUACUGCAUCUAUAAUGCUUUGGCCAUUGGUUCAAACCAGUUAAAACGCGACCAUAUUCCAGACUAUACCAACGCGCAACCUGUGUUUACAAUCCCAGAACAGCCAUCAUGGUUUAACAACCGUGAUAUUGUAUCGAUGGAUCCUUUUGGUCACUUAACACCUUAUUUGUUUGAUGAUGUUGCUAAGUCUGCAAACGUGGAUAUCAGACCAACUAUUGCCAUCACCAAGGCAACCAUGCAAUUGCUUGAGUUGAAAGAGGCCGUUGAUAAAGGCGAAUUGAAAAUCGACGGUAAUAUCAUUGUCAACUCUAACGGUGACCUAAGUGUUUCGAAGAUUGCCGUUGAACCUGUUUGGUAUUUACCAGGGGUCGCUGAAAGAUUUGGAAUCACUGAAGAAGAGUUAAGAAAAUGUUUAUUUGAGGAUACAAAUGGUAUGUACCCAGAAUUGAUCACUAGACCCGAUAUCAAAACUUACAUGCCUCCAAUUGGUGGAUUGACAGUGUAUAUUUUCGGUAAUCCGCAAAACAUUUCCAAUCCAGAAAAGAAAAUCGCUUUGAGAGUUCACGAUGAAUGUAACGGUUCCGACGUCUUCGGUUCUGAUAUUUGUACUUGCCGUCCAUACUUGAUGUUUGGUAUUAUUGAAGCAGUAAAGGAGGCCCAGAAUGGAGGAACUGGUCUUGUUAUUUACUUCCGUAAAGAAGGGCGUGCACUUGGUGAAGUUACCAAAUAUUUAGUAUACAAUGCUCGUAAGAGAGGCGGUGAUACCGCUGACGAGUAUUUCCACAGAACAGAAUGUAUCGCUGGUGUGAGGGAUAUGAGAUUUCAACAAUUAAUGCCAGACGUCCUUAAAUGGUUAGGUAUUUCCAAGAUCGAUAAGAUGUUGUCCAUGUCAAACAUGAAAUAUGAUGCAAUCGUUGAUCAGGGAAUUGAAAUCGUCGAAAGAAUUCCGAUUCCAGAUGAAAUGAUUCCUCCAGAUUCCAGAGUUGAAAUCGAUGCUAAAAUCAACUCAGGUUAUUUCUCAUCAGAAAAAGCACCAACUAAAGAGGAAUUACAAUCAGUCCAUGGGAGAUUAUGGAACGAUGUGUGA